AUGCACCCGAGUCUUUUCAAGUGCUGCUGUCUGUAGCAGAAAGUUCGUUUAAUGGCCAUUGACAGAACUUACUUCCAGACAUACAAUCCACCAGAUCUACCCUCGAAGCCAAACUUUGUAAAAAUCGUCGAUUUCAGUGAUACUAACUGUGUGAGCAUUGUCAAAAAUAAGAUCUACCUGGCUUCCAUGGAUGGUCAUCUGUUCUACACCACUUUCUUGUCUUCGAACCGAGUUGUCAGCGAGGCAAAACCUAUCAUCUCUCCACCGCCCAACUCUAUGACUUUCCACAGGAAUGUCUCUGGUCUCGUCGUCUCGUCCAGUGGCAUUCACGUUACCUUUUUGGAGAUGUGA